AUGGUGGGUCACAGGGAUCAGCGCUCAGUCGCCCCCAGCAGAGUCAGUCGCCCCCAGCAGAGUCAGUCGCCCCCAGCAGAGUCAGUCGCCCCCAGCAGAGUCAGUCGCCCCCAGCAGAGUCAGUCGGCCCCAGCAGAGUCAGUCGCCCCCAGCAGAGUCAGUCGGCCCCAGCAGACCUCUCCACGGGGGAGGGGCCUUGAACCAAGAGGCUCCAAGACUACCUCCUCGGCCUUCACCUUGCCCCCACCUUUCCUCCCCCACCUCCUCACCCACCUCCUCGGCCCACCUCCUCGGCCCACCUCCUCCACCCCCCUCCUCGGCCCCCCUCCUCGGCCCACCUCCUCGGCCCACCUCCUCACCCCUCUCCUCGGCCCCCUCCUUGGCCCACCUCCUCGGCCCACCUCCUCACCCCUCUCUGCCCACCUCCUCGGCCCACCUCCUCGACCCACCUCAUCACCCACCUCCUCGGCCCACCUCCUCACCCACCUCCUCGGCCCCCUCCUCGGCUCACCUCCUCGGCCCACCUCCUCACCCCCUCCUCGACCCCCUCCUCGUCCCACCUCCUCACCCCCUUUCUCGGCCCCCUCCUCGGCCCACCUCCUCGGCCCACCUCCUCACCACCCUCCUCGGCCCACCUCAUCACCCACCUCCUCGGCCCCCUCCUCGGCCCACCUCCUCGGGCCUCCUCGGCCCACCUCCUCUGCCCACCUCCUCUGCCCACCUCCUCGGCCCACCUCCUCACCACCCUCCUCGGCCCACCUCAUCACCCACCUCCUCGGCCCCAUCCUCGACCCACCUCCUCGGCCCACCUCAUCACCCACCUCCUCGGCCCACCUCCUCGUCCCCCUCCUCGGCCCACCUCCUCGGCACCCUCCUCGGACCACCUCCUCGGCCCCCUCCUCAGCCCACCUCAUCACCCACCUCCUCGGCACCCUCCUCGGCCCACCACCUCACCCCCUCCUCGGCCCACCUCCUCACCCCCCUUCUCGGCCCCCUCCUCGGCCCACCUCCUCGGCCCACCUCCUCACCUCCCUCCUCGGCCCACCUCAUCACCCACCUCCUCGGCCCCCUCCUCGGCCCACCUCCUCGGGCCUCCUCUGCCCAUCUCCUCGGCCCUCCUCAUCACCCACCUCCUCGGCCCCCUCCUCGGCCCACCUCCCCGGGCCUCCUCUGCCCACCUCCCCGGGCCUCCUCUGCCCACCUCCUCUGCCCACCUCCUCGGCCCCUUCUGCCCAGCUCCUCUGCCCACCUCCUCGACCCACCUCCUCGGCCCACCUCCCCGGGCCUCCUCUGCCCACCUCCUCUGCCCACCUCCUCGGCCCCUUCUGCCCAGCUCCUCUGCCCACCUCCUCGGCCCACCUCCUCGGCCCACCUCCUCGGCCCACCUCAUCACCCACCUCCUCGGCCCCCUUCAUGGCCCACCUCCUCGGGCCUCCUCGGCCCCCUCCUCUGCCCACCUCCUCGGUCCCCUCCUCGGUCCACCUCAUCACCCACCUCAUCACCCACCUCCUCGGCCCCCUCCUCAGCCCACCUCCUCCGGUUUAG